CGCACGAAGUAGUGAGACGCUAUACCUCUCGACCAGCUCGGCCAGAGUAGGGUAACAAGUAGACAUAAAUACCCACGUAUUGGUUAAUUACUAGGACCCGUCUCCUUAAGCCACUGUGAGAGAUGGAGACCUUGUCUCGUGAAACUAACCUCACAGAGCACGGUGAAGACUGUUAAAUUGGUUAUAUGCGUUUACAACGACACACCACGGACGCAACCUCAAGUCAUUAAAGUUUAACGUGGGGAGAAUUGUGUGGAUGGAGAGGAGAAGCCGUGUGUUUAAGGUAUUAUAUUAAUAUGUUGUGAGUUAAAGCAACGUGUCUCAGAGGUUCUCGUACGGAAGUUUCAGGAGCGUUGCCACUUCAUCUAGUUUUGUCUUGCACGAGAACUGGAUAUAUAAUACACGUGUUUGUGAUACGUUAUCCCCUCAGGACUGAGGUAUUGAAAGUUAGGAAUAAUACUUCUCGUGACACGUGCUUUCUAGGAUUCGAGUGAUGUUGUGGACAAUGUCGCUAUAGCUAACGUGUCCAGACAAGUUGCCGCCAAUACCCUGAAUCCGAUAUAUACAUAACUUGUGCUUCCUUGACACGACGGAGAUGACAACGUGGUGAACGACGACGACAACGUUUGUAUGUGAAUACACAGCGGUGGAUACUGAAUUAACGCCCCAACAGCAGCAGCAUGGAGGACACCGACGUCGACCGAUACCUGAAGGAGAGUUGUCGCAGCUUCCGGGAGGCGAAGGUGAAGAACUCGGCCAGGCGGAACUCUCUGAUGAAGAAGACUCUCGGGAUUGAAAACGAACGCAAGAUGGCGACAGUAAAGAUGAGCAGGGAGGAGAAACAGCUGAGGGAACAGCUGCGACAGAUGCAGAUGGGGAAGAAGGUCGUCACUGGCAACGCACACAAAGGCCUUGACAAGAAGACGCCAUCCAAGUCAGACGCCAAGAAGCGCCCGAUCCCUUCUUGUGAUGUCGAUCCCUACCCCGUCACCUUCGCCGACAGGACACCCUCGCCUCACCGGAAGGGCAAAUUUGAAGAAAAGGGUCGACUUCACGCUGCCAGACGACAGAGAAGAACCUCGCGAGAGUUUGAGGAUCUCCGCGUGAACACGACGACGGGAAAGCUCCUUGCAGCGAAGACUCACAGCUCCAAACUGCUCAUCCCAUCUAGCCUCUCGCCCUCCAUAGCCAGAAGGCUCAUAGGAUCACAAAAUAGCAUGUCUUCCAGCGAUGACCUCACUGGAUCUGAUGACCCGGAAGUACUUGGAUCAGAAAGGAAGUCGAAGGAGUCUGGGAGCCAACAGGAUCUCCGAACCAAGAAGGGGAAAGACGGUUAAGCGGAGAAGUGAACUUAUGCUGUUAAUUUAAACAUGUUUUUCGUAUAUGCUCUGACGGGUAGAGAAAAUGGACUGGUGUAUGCGUGUCUCAAAAGUGAGGUCGACUCGAGUGCCCGAUUUCAACGGUAAUGUCAUCGAUGUUAAUAUGCGUCAACAUAGUGCAUAGAACAUGUAAAGUAAAAUUAAAAAGUAAAGAUGUAAGUUACAUCGCCUGGUCGGGCACUAGAGUCCUCGACGUAGGACGGGAAAGUACUCGAGUACCCGUCAGGGCCGUGCUUAACGGUAUUGACUUGUUGAAGGAUACUUGUUGCAUUUGUAGAUUCCAUAAACAAGCAUGUAUUCCCCUACCGUAUAUGUUUGUUUCAGCUAUUUGAUUGUUGUGACUGUUGUGUUGAUUGCGCAUAGUGCCAUUAGCUGAGGCUGGUCUCCCGAUACAGUUAAUCACACUGACAGAAAGUGACCACAAAUACAUAUAUGGACAUACACUCACGAAUGAAUGAUUUACACUGAUGACACCGAGUGCUUGUGAAAACGGUCUUCGUGAAACGGCCAUGGAUAGUUUGUCCUGCGCAGUGACUGGAAUUUAUAUUUUUUAGGAAUUUCUUUUUACUAAAAGCCAAGGCAACUCUAGAUCAAACUAACCAAGUCUCACUUCUUUGAUAGGCAUUUAGAAGUUGGAGUACCAAGUAAGGAUAAGAAUUUAUGGAUGAACAACUUCUUUAUUACAAUUAAGAGCCACGUUUCGGUGUAGGUUCUAACACCAUUAUUAAGCAUGUUAUCCUUACUUAACCAAGUCUAGUUUGCUUGAUGGAAACAGCAGAAGAGGAAAGGUUCUUUCGAAGAAAUGUUUUUAAAGACAUGUUUUCAUUGACUAAGUGUUGGUCUAUUGUAUAGUUUGUGAACUGAGACAUGAACCGGUAGCUGUACAUGGUGAACCGACAGAACAACCUGCUACCUUAGGAAGGUUGAGACAUACAAACGUCGAUGGUGCCAGGCCAUUAUGUAUUGUGGUAGUUGGGACAAUGAUGCAUGAUUGGGAAAGAUAAACCUCAACGAGUCCAUCCUCGCUAAUCCAGUGUAGCUAGUUCCUUUGUCCAAUGAAUUAAUGUGGUUUCGUCGUUUGCAGAUUCCUAGAGUAGUGUAGUACAUCAACCCAGCAACCCAGUACCAUCCGUCCGCCGCACUGUAUAUAUACUCAUAUAUCCGAACAUUUAGCUUGUGUUGAUUGAAAGUUGCUGUGUUCGAUCUAUAGCUAGGGGCACGGGUGGCCCAGUCGUCUAAGGCGCCGCGAUUGGCAGAGUUGCGUCCCUUGGACACGUCUGAGACCUAUAAUUGUGGGUUCAAAUCCCGGUUCGCCCCGAACAUGUU